AUGUCAACCCGCUGGGACCGUGAUCGGAUGGACUACGAGGCUGCCCGCGCAGAGCGUGGCCGCUUCGAGGACAGAUAUCAAAUGCGCGGCGGAAAUGGCCGCGAUCACUCAGACGAGCGCUACGACCGUCGCUAUCACAGAGGGUACAACGACGACGCCGUGCGAGAUCGCAGAUACUAUGGUGAAGAGCCGCCAUACGCCCCCCGUCGGGAACAGCCACCGCCUCGCCCAGACUAUGACCGCCGCCCACCAGUAAUGGAGAGAGAGCCCAGAGAGCCCAGAGAGCCCGAGAGGGAUUACCCCUCUCGCCGCCCAGCUUUCCUCCGCCGCCAGUCAUCUCUAGACACUUUCGACCGCCAUCCUUUGCGCUUCUAUGAUCGAGAGGAAUAUCCGCCCCCCGCCCGUAGGGAGGACAUCCAUCGAGAUCCACACUACCGAGCUCCUGCCUACACAGACAUUCCCCUCCCCAAGACUCGAAGCAAGGCUCUCCCCCCACCCAGGAGGUACAACGACCAACACUACAAUGACAUCAAGAUUGCCGAACCCGACUACUUCGGAGACGAGGAUUUCCGUCCUUAUCCGGACCAGAGAGUUCAUGAGCGAGAGAUGGUACGGCAUCACAAGAGACGAGAUAGCUUCGGCUCCUCUUCAAGGUCGACUCGUACCCGCACCCGACGCGGCAGUUCCCCUUCAUCCGCCACCUCGAGCCGGUCUUCCAGCAGCAGCGGAGGCACCACGAUCAAGAGCGAGUAUCCUAAGAAGGGAAAGACUCGCAUCCCCGCUCGAUUGGUAUCGAAGCGUGCUCUCAUCGAUCUUGGAUACCCGUUCCUUGAGGAGGGUAAUACUGUUAUUGUCCAGAAAGCCCUUGGACAAGCAAACAUUGAUGAGCUUCUAAAGCUCAGUGAGGAGUACAAAAAGAGUAAGGACACAUUUGUGCCUACAUCCCUAUAUCCCAGACUGACAUGCAAUCAAUCAGGCGAAAUGGAAGUUGCUGCAGCACGUUCGCUAGCAGGAGAUCUUGCCGAGGAGCGAAAGGCUGAGAAGGCAGCCGAGAAGGCAGCUCUCCCUGCCCCACCUCCUGCUCCUACCGCUGCUCCUGCUGCUGCUCCUGCUCCUACUGCUGCUCCUGCUGCUCCUGCUCUUGCUCCUGCGCCAGUUUAUGCUCCUGUGCCAGCUCCCGGCCCCGGUCCAGCGUAUGCUCCAGCUCCAGCUCCUCCCCAGGCUGCAGCUCCACCACCUGCUGUUACGAGAGCGCCACCUCCAGCCCCGGCUCCUCCUAGAGCCGCCGCACCGGGUCCUGCGGUUGUGCAGGCUCCUGCUCCGGUCAUCAUCGAUGCCUCUCCUCAUAGAUCUCGAUCUCGCUCUACCAGCACGAGCUCUAGCGGCAGCAGCCGCCACCACCACCAUCACCACGCGGGGCCUGUGGCUAUCAUAGAUAGAUCCCGUUCGCGGUCCAAGUCUAGGAGCAACCGAGAGAUUCGGGCCGAGAUCCGUGCCCUGGAGCGUGAGCUUGUGCACCGCCCCAAGGACAUUGGGCCAAUAAGAGGCAGGGAGGUCGUUCACGCUGAACGCCUACCCGAUGGUCAGCUUGUUGUGUAUGAAGAAGAGGUGGAGAAAGUAAUCCACCACCAUAAGCCUCCUCGCAUUGAGAAGGACAAGAAGGGUCGGUUAAGUCUCAGUGUACCCCUUCGUCGAUAA